GAAGGAGGAGGAGGAGGAGGAGGAGGAGGAGGAAGAGAAGCAUCCCUGGGCAGGCGAAUUAUGCAUGCACUAAGCGAGCUCUGAGAGAAUGGCUGUGGAAGCUAUCCACUGCAGCCUUAGUCCAAAUGGUAUCGAUCUGUCUGUGUGCACUGAAGGAAUUAGCCUGCAACUUGAAGGCGAGAGAGUGGAAUCAUCCUCACUUAAGAAAGAAAACUCUAAGCUGCCUGAGUUGAAAGGAACACUCCAAAGACAGCCCCUGGAAUCAGAAGCAUCUAAGUUUCAUAUUGUGAAGCUGACAAAACCGGUCGCCCUUUGGACACAACAAGAUGUAUGCAAGUGGUUGAAGAAACAUUGCCCCAAUCAGUAUCAAAUCUACAGUGAGUCAUUCAAACAGCAUGACAUAACUGGCCGCGCAUUGCUCAGGCUUACAGACAAAAAGCUUGAGCGUAUGGGGAUUGCUCAGGAGAGCUUACGACAGCAUAUUCUGCAGCAAGUCCUCCAACUGAAAGUGAGAGAGGAAGUUCGAAACCUACAGCUACUCACACAAGAAUUUUCUAAAUCUCCUGACUGGAAGGUGGCAUAUGCAGAGCAACACCUUGUACAGAGACCAAAUUUGCAGCCUCUUCAGAAGCCUCAACAGAGAGUUCUCCAUAAACAUCACCAACCUCUAAAGCUGCUGUCCUGCCAGAUGAUCUAGAAGUGAACUUUUCCAUCUGAAAGAAUAAAAAUAAUAAUUUUUAAAAAGAAGCAUAAGAAAUGACACUGCCAGAAGAAAACAGCCACCAAGAACUGGACCCAAAUCCAAUUCAUCUGGUUAAGAGGAUAAGUUCUGAAUAGCCCCUGUUUUCCUGAAGGAAUUCCAGCGUGGCAUAUAACCAACAAUAUAAUUCUUUCCACCUAAUCAUUGGUGGAUUUUUUACACCGGAAAACUGCUUCCAGUUUCAUCACUGUGCGUAAACUUUAUAUUCCCAUUAGGGAACUCUCUGUGACCUUCACUAAAAGUUCUGGGAUUUGGUUUGAUUUAGUUUUGUUUUUAGCAUGGCAACUAAUGGAUUAUAUUAUAUAUGCAGAUUGCAUGAUGUUUUUAUGGGACAGGUAGUUCCAGUUCUGCACAUCCAAGGGUUCGCAGAUAUUCCUUUUCCCUAUUCCCUGAUAGGAACUUAGAAAUAUUUUGUGUUUAGUGAUACACUGAAUGAUAUUCUGUUUUACAGUAUCUGCAUUCCAUACAUGAUCUCCACACAGACAUUCUAGCAGAUUUGAUGUGCUAUGGGAAUGUUUCAGGUAUCCACAUUGGGAUUAUACCUUGUGUGACUCACCAUGUGCAUUGCUUCAGUAGCAAAGUUGGCUUGGUAACUUACGUGGACAUUGUUGUGGCUAUUUUGACUCUUCACUUGUAGAAGUAGUAGAAUGAGAGCACGUAUGUUCCCUUUCUGCACCUACUCUCCAAAAUUACAAGUAAGAUUAUAUUUCUGUUACUUUGAUGCAUGUUAAAUAAUAGAGAAGAAAAUAAUGGAUAUAAAGAUUGCUGUCUUGUUGCAAGAACCACUCGCUUUUGAUGAUGAAGAUAGAUGUAACAUUUCAGUAGCAAUGUGGCCAAUCUGAAAACAUUCUCAUUGCACGCUGUAGAAAUGAAUAUUUUCUACUACACAGUUGUAGCAAAAGCCAGCUGUAAAAAGUGCUGAUUGGUUAGUAUAGGUGACGUUAUUCCUGGCUGUUUUAAAUGCUUGCUUGUUUUCAAUAGAACAGACAAAAAUAUGAAUAGUGAACUGAUAAAUAAUUACGGUCUUACUACAUAAACUAUUUUAUUAUUUUUUUCCUUUCCUCAUCUGAAGUAGGACAAAUACAGUGACAGAUCCAGCUUUUGACUUGCUGGUGAUACACUGUGGUGUGAACACUGUAAGUUAUACACUGUAUAACUGUUAUAUUUAUCUUUACCCCUAGAAGUGACUUCUUGUUGAAAAUAAGAAAAAUCUAUUUUUUUUUUGUUUUUUGGGGGGGGCAUAAAGCAGAAAUGUUAUAGAUAAUGAAUGAAGACCACAACUCUUUGUAGGGAAAUGGGGAGAUUGCCCAUCAAGACUUUCCUAGUUUCUUUGGAAAAUACAAUUCCAAUUUUUCAAGUACGUUCUUAAGCAGUUCUGCCCAAUGACAUUUUCUUCCAUUGACAUCCAGCUCAGUCUUGGGAUUCACCUUUUUUGUUAAUCUGGUGUGCCAUAUUGACCUCAAAUUCUUUUUCAAACAGCUAUCAGCCAGAGCAAGCAAGCCAAAAUUUCACAGGCCAAGGAUAUGUUGGAAUCUCAAUCAUCUUGAAUAGUGCACUUAAGGAGCAUUUAUGCUACAGAUAGGUAUCUGCAGAGAUCUUACGUUUUUGAAUUUGCCUUGACCCUCUGCUUUACACCUGAGUCCAUUUUCUUGCUCUCAUAAAUGGCUUCAAGCAGAAAUGAAAUGUUUACUUUCCACAUAACUGUAGCUGGCUUAAGACUGUUGCAACCAAAAUGAGCUUUGCUCUCCAUUAUUCUUUUUCCAGGUUUCCAAAACACAGCAGGCUGUGGUUUAAUCUUCAUCCUACAAAUUCUGAGUCAGUGCUUUCCAAUAUACUUUUGUCCUUUGGUUUCUUCUGGGAACAAAACUCUUUCUAGCAAAAAAAUAUUGAUAGCAUCCAUAGAAAACAAGUGUCUGAUCCUAAUUGUCCCUAAAUCAAGCAAUGGCAGAUCUUCAGUUGAACUUUCUCCUGCUUGAUAGACUGUUAUAAACUUGUGUGGUUUUCAUACACACACACACACACCUUUGUUGUGCAAUUCAUACUUUUCAACUUGUCAGUGCUUCAAGAUGUACCUUAAGCUAUUUUAAGAGAAGAGCAGCUUAUAUUCCUACAUGGAUUUUGGACCAUUCAUCUUGCUUGCUUUCUUGAAGUCUUGGAGUUUACAAGGUUGCUCCCUCUAGAUGUUCCAAUCAGUGGCUUGCAAAAGCCUUCACAAAAGGGGUAAAUCCAAAGUUAGUCAUGUCAAGACAGAUUUAAGGUAUUGGCAGAACAUUGUUAUGGCUAAUCUACUUUCAAUGAAAAAGUUUGCUCUGUUACGAUUAUUUGUCAAGGUUUUCAUAAUGCAUUGCCAGCAUAUGACAUUAGACCGCUUUAGAUACAGGGGUAUCCACUAAGUAUGGUUUAAAAAAUGUCAAGAUAGGGGCCGUGACACUGCAGCUGAAGCUCUGUUCGGUUUUUAUGUGUGUUACCCAUGUGACACACAUUAAAAAUGGGCAGCUUGGCACUGUUGUGGGUGCCCUCUUGACUUUAUUUUUUUACCAUGCCCUGUGGACACCUCUGUUUAGUUAUGAGGCUCCACCAUUUGUAAUUUUCAUAGAGAAAAGAUAGUAUGUUUUAUUACAAGAAGGAGAAGAAUACUUCCAAACAUUAAAAAGUCCCAGUCUUUUAUGUUAGAGCAGGGAAGUAGCAAGGAAAAAGAGCAAUAGGAUUAAAGUAAUAUUCCAGAAAUAAUCAAUGGCCAUUAGUUUUAUACAAGACAGUCACCAUAUUAAACUCUCACAAAGAACCAGAUCUACAAUCAGUGCCUCACAUUAUUAUCAACUGUGGUGACAAACCUACUUGUGUGUGCCUCAAUAGAAUUACUACUUUCUUAACACACUUUUUCAGCACUUUUUUCUUUCACCAGUUGUUUAUUGUGUAUACAGGCUCCUUUAAUUAGCUUCUUCUCUUAACAAUCCAUCUGCAGACUACACUGUCCAAGAAAAUAGGUAGAGCUCUACUAGAUCAGAUCUCACUCUAAGUUAGUCUUUCUGACUCUGAUCUGCUAGUUGCCUCUGGAACCAUAGAGGCAUUAAAACCUUCUUCUGUGCUUCCAGCAUCUGGAAUUCAUAUAUUUUAGAAUCCUGAUCUGUCCCAUUCCUCCUCAAUUUUCAAUGGAUUGGUAUCUGAAACCUGCCUAAAAGAAUAAUGUUAAAUUUGACUAUUGGGAAGGGCAGAGCAGAAUACAGAUUUUGAAUGAAGAAGGUCCUAAGUUCAAUCACCAGCAACUUAAGUUAAUCGAAUCUCAGGUAGUAGGACUGGAAAAGACUAGAACUAUCAGAUCUGGGUUGCAAAAAUCAGAAUAACGACUAGAUGGCAGUACAAGGUUACAGAUUUUUCUGUUUCUCUACACCACAGACUAGCACUUGGUAGAGGACCCAUGAAGGCCUUGGAAAAGAUA